AUGGCCACCCUCGAGGAUCAUAACUAUACGAAGAUGGAGAAGCCACAGAAGCCACAGAAACCGGCUCAGAAACCGGCUGAAAAGCUGGGAGAACCUGUCGUUUGGUCGAUUCCGGAGGUUCCGGUCACGCAACAGCGCAAGCCCUUCUUGCAACCUCAGAAAGAUCAGAAGCUGGCACAUACUGGUACUCCUCGGGCGAAUAUCGCUGCUACCUAUGAGAAGCCCAACGGGACGACGGAACAUGGCUGGGCGCGGAGACACCGUCAUCAAACGGUUUUGCAACAGCACUGCGAGUUCUUCGAUAGCGACAAAGAUGGUGUUAUCUAUCCCACUGACACGUUUUGGGGGUUUUACGCUUUGGGAUUCGGAAUUAUUCUCUCAGUUCUGUCCGUCUUCAUCAUCCACGGCAACUUUUCCUAUCCGACUGUGAGCGGAUAUCUGCCGGACCCUCUCUUCCGCAUCUUUCUCGACAGAGUUCAUAAGGACAAGCAUGGUAGUGACACUAACACGUAUGACACUGAGGGCCGAUUCAAUCCUCAAAAGUUCGAGGACAUUGUUGUUGUUGUUGUUGUUGUUGGUAUAUGGCGUGGAGGGCCGUGA